AUGGGCACCACUGAGGGUACGUGCGCAUCCCCGGAGACACUCGUCGGGGCGGGAGCACUGAACGCGGUCGCUUCGCUGGACGGAAAACGGGCCAGGACGCAAAAGAGGAACCGUGAAGGUGGCACGGGUGUCAAGUUUCCGCCGGCUCGUAGCGAGAGUUCCGUGGCGACCGCUGCGACUAGCGGGAUGUCACCGACGGGGCCUGAAGGUGUCACUGACGGGCUUACUACGGCGCAAUCGAUCAAGCAUAGCGCGAAUACCGCGGGCUACCGGCGCUCCAAGGCCUCUUUGUCCAAGAGUAUCCUGUCCCCACAAUUGGAGGAAUCCUUCUACGAGAAGAUCGCUGUCAUGAGGAGAAGCCCACAACCAGCAAUGGGCAAGUCGAGCGUGAUUGACUGCCCUGCCUCGUUCUCGGUAGCCUUGAUCUGCGGCACCUUCGUCGUCCUCGUUAUCGUCUUCGCCGCAAUUCUCCCACGUCGCAAGAACCACACCAGCGCCAAGACCUGUGAAACGGAGGACUGCCUCGUGCACGCGAUUCUGCUAAAACGUGGCCUCAACAAGAGCGUCGACCCGUGCUAUGACUUCUCAGCUUACGUCUGCUCGCGCUGGACGCAGAAGCAGGUGGCAUUUCGUGAGAAAGUCUAUUCGGCGAUGGACAGCCUGCGAUUCUCCUGGUAUCACCGCUUUGCCGACACGUUGCGCCUGGGUUCGCUCAAGCUCCCUGUGGGCAAAAAGCCGUUGGCGAUGUACCAGAUGUGCAUGGAUGACUCCUCGUCAGCGGGAGAGCAUUUGCAGUCUCCUUUGUUGAGCGACUUCCUCUUGAAUAUGCCUCUAGGAUGGCUUGGGGCUUUCCACAAAUCUCUUUCAUCCGUAAGCUUGGCCGUACUUCUUGCCUACAAGUGGCAGGCACCAUUCUGGCUCACGGUCACUGUGCUCGAUGGUGACCGAUCGUCGAGCGGGAGGCGAUGCGUGGUGAUCAGACCUGGUGCCUACGUUCCUAUAUUCCUGACUCAUCACCGCAUCGCGGCGGUCGCUUACGGUGAAUACAUGAAGGCGUACGUCACUGCUUACUUUCCAAAAGGUGACGCGCAGGUGCUCAACGACACCUUCAUCUAUGCUACAAGGGACAUGGAGGCGGACCUUCUUGGCCAACUAAACUCUGUUAUUUCCCAGAAGAAGCAACCUGCUCAGCUUACGUUCGGCGAAUUGGAUGCGACGGUCCCCUUGCAUGGAUCCGCUACCAGAGGUGGCUGGUUGCGGAACUUUCAGGAGGCAGUUUCGUUGCAGCCGCCGCUGACGCAAGAAGAUCAUGUCCUCGUGAGCCACAUUCCUCUUCUAGAGACUCUAGCCGGACUCGUGGCUAAGUAUGGAGACAGAAUGUUGACUUUUCUUCUCCUGUGGGAGUUUGUGCAGCUGUACACUCCUCUAUCUGAUCUCAGUCUCUUACCAACUCGCUUCGGAAGCAAGACGAAGGCGGACGUCUACCGUCACGUGUACUGCGCGCAUCACGUGGAGGCCUCGUUCAAGGUACUUGUGCUCUCGCUCAGCGUCGCUGCCGGCUUUUCUGCCGCAAACCGCGAUCACAUCGACGCACGCUUCGAUUGUCUAGUCUCCGUGGCCUUGGAGAAGGUGAACGCCUCCACAUGGUUGGAUGAUCAAAGCAAAGGGCGGGUGGCUGACAAGCUGGCGCUCGUCAAGAAGCGGAUGUGGCCACCGGAGUCGCUUCUGGCAGAAGAUGCCCUCGAGGCGAUAUACGCGAAUGUCUCCGACAACGAAUCAUCGGUGGCCGAGUUUUGGAUCAAGACACGUAGGAUCAUGAGAGAGAUGAACGCCACUUCAGAUUACAAAGACGCGUCACGCCUGCCCGGUAACAACUUUCCGCUGUACAUUGACUACGACUACAUCUUAAAUAGUGUGGAACUGGCCACUGGCGUCGCUGCGCCUCCGGUGUACUACAGAAACGGGACGGACGCCAUGUUCUACGGCGGCCUCGGUUUUCUCAUGGCCAUGCAACUCGUCAAGUCCAUCGACGAAGAAGGGCUCGGAUGGGCGGCCGCGAAAUCCAUCGUCGACUCCAUCUUGUCCAAUUCCAGUCGUCGCGCCUAUCACGACAGGGUCCUAUGCCUCAAUGGAUCCGGGACGAAACGCGUGUUCCCGGAAAUACCUGCGCUCGAAAUCGCCUAUUCCGCACUCAAAACAUCGAAUCGAGACGAACCAGAGCAUCUUGCGCUGGCGGCAGAUCUGCCUGAAGGGAAGGUUUUCUUCCUGACCAUCUGUUACAUGACGUGCACCGCACCCGGACACUCGGACCCAAUUGCCGCUGACUGCAACAAGCUGGCGCAGAAUUCUGAGUAUUUCGCCAGGGUAUACCACUGUCCGAAAGGAUCCAGAAUGAACCCCCACAAGAAAUGUUCCUUCUUCAGUUGA